UGGGGAGCCCUAUUGCUAGAGAAGACAGACUGUGCUGUACCAUUGCAGAGGACUGACUCUUCGGAGCAAUUGCAUCAGAUCUCUAGACUAAAUAUAGACUGGAAAUAGACACCACCGAUGAACCGUAUCACAUGCAAUAGGUGAAUCAGACGCGGCGUGUAUGCUCACGCUUUAGGCAUUUGUCGUUGUGUGUUGUGCAGAUGCUUUACAUCAGCAGACACAACGCUGGCUUGGGUGAAGAACAACCCCGCUCACCGGGAGAAAACACGGUUCAGAUCACUAGCACCUCAUAUGAACCCGGAGGAAGCCGUGCACCCCUCAGUGAUUAGAUCCCAUCACUGCUGGGCACCUCUUUAACCCCCAUCAGCUCUCGUCGCUUGUGCAACACAAACGAUGUGAGUAUAUUAGCUUUAUGUGAUGCAAGUGCCAAAUACAUCAUUGUAAAUACCUAAGACAACCGAGUGCAAUUGCCACCUACUAAGGACAUAACAAAGGUGCACUCCUACUAGGGCUAUACUUACUAGAAAUGGAUGGGGAUGCUGCUGUGAGUAAACUGGAUAAUGCUGAUGUGGAUCCAGGCAAGGGAACUGUUUGUUUGGUGGAGCAGAUGCACCUCUCCCCAUCCCAUUCACAUUCGGAGGAAGAAACAUCACCAGUUGUUGCUACUCCGGAGCUUCUCAGGAAGCAGCAUGGAGUGAAGAGACACCAUCACAAACAUAACCUGAAGCACAGAUAUGAACUGCAGGAGACGUUGGGAAAAGGCACCUAUGGAAAAGUCAAGAGGGCCAUUGAGCGAUUUUCCGGGAGAGUUGUUGCCAUAAAAUCCAUUCGUAAAGACAAAAUCAGAGAUGAGCAAGAUAUGGUUCACAUCAGACGUGAGAUUGAAAUCAUGUCAUCACUCAGCCAUCCGCAUAUCAUAAGAAUAUAUGAAGUGUUUGAGAAUAAAGAUAAGAUUGUGAUUAUCAUGGAAUAUGCAAGUAAAGGUGAAUUGUAUGAUUACAUCAGUGAGAGGCGAAGACUAAGUGAAAGGGAAACGAGACACUUCUUUCGGCAGAUCGUCUCUGCUGUGCACUACUGUCACAAGAAUGGUGUUGUACAUAGAGACUUAAAACUGGAAAACAUUUUGCUUGAUGAGAACGGUAAUAUCAAGAUUGCAGACUUCGGCCUUUCAAAUCUUUAUCAAAAAGACAAGUUUUUGCAAACAUUCUGUGGCAGCCCCCUUUACGCUUCUCCAGAAAUUGUGAAUGGGAGACCAUAUAGAGGUCCUGAGGUGGACAGCUGGGCCCUUGGUGUCCUCCUCUACACAUUGGUUUAUGGAACAAUGCCUUUUGAUGGUUUUGAUCACAAAAACCUGAUUAGACAAAUAAGCAGUGGUGAAUACAGAGAGCCAACACAACCAUCAGAUGCACGUGGACUGAUUCGAUGGAUGCUUAUGGUUAACCCUGAACGUCGAGCAACAAUUGAAGACAUUGCAAACCAUUGGUGGGUAAACUGGAGCUACAAAAGUAGUGUAUGUGACUGUGAUGUAUUAAGAGAUUCUGAAUCUCCGCUGCUGGCCAGGUUCAUUGAUUGGCAUCAUCGUUCCACCAACCGACAAGUAGAGUCUGAAAGCAAAAUUAAGUGUCCUUCCAAGCCAUCUGAGGCAUCUUUGGAGCGGCAAAGAUCACUAAAGAAAUCAAAGAAGGAGAAUGACAUUGCACAGUCAAUGCAGGAUGGUUCAGAUGAAUCUUCACCAAAGACUACAUCACAUAGACCCAAAAGCAUCUUAAAGAAACGAAGCAACAGUGAACAUCGUUCUCACAGUGCUGGGUUUAUUGAAGGAGUUGUUAGUCCUGUAUUGGCUGCCACACACAAGACUGAAAAUGAAAAAGGGCACACUAGUUUAUCGCCUAACAGCAUGCGAGAGCUUGAGUUACCUGUAACUGCUUGUUCUAAGGCACAGUCUACACCCAUGCCAAAGAAGGGCAUUUUAAAGAAGACCCAACAAAGAGAGUCUGGCUAUUACUCCUCUCCAGAACGAAGUGAGUCUUCUGAACUAAUAGACAAUAAUGAAACAGAAGCCAGUGAUGCACCCCAAGUUUUUAUCAGUGAGACAAAGAGAACAGUCUCUCAUAGUCUUUCAUUCAGAAGAAAAGGUAUCUUAAAGCACAACAGUAAAUAUUCCUGUGGCAAAACAGAUUCCUGUAUGGCCAAUCCUUCUGAUCCAUCUGUUGAACCUCAGGAUGAGCACAGUCGUCUUAGUGCCAUCAGUGAUGACAGUAUUCUUUCAAAUGACUCAUUUGAUUUGCUUGAAUUAACAGGUGGCCGACCAAACAGACAGAGAAUACGUACCUGUGUUUCUGCUGAAAAUAUUCGUUAUUUUCAGGAUUUUGAGGUUCUUCAGAAAAGUCCCCGCCCGCAGAACCUGAAACGUUAUCGUAAUCGCUUUGCUGACAACAGUUUUUCUCUACUUACAGAUAUGGACGAUGUCACUCAGGUGUAUAAAAAAGCUUUGGAAAUAUGCAACAAAAUUAACUAAAAUUUUUGUAGAGUGAUAAUACCUUUAUGAUAAUGGCAUGUUAAGUGCUGACAGUAAUCAUAUGGAAAAAAUAUGAUCAGAGAUUUGAUUUCAUAAAUGAAUAUGAUUAUUUUAUUCCAUAGAAUGUCUGAAAACCUUGUAGAUUAAGAGAGAUUUUGUUAAUAAUUUAGACCGCCAGUGAUUUCAUGGAAGUGACCACAUCCCGACUUCAUUAUAUUUCCAUUUGGCUUGUAUCUGGGCUGGCUUAUGGUAUUGCAUUACUUGGUUUUAGAACCAUACCAGUGCAUUACAUCAUCAUAAGGGCAAAAUAAAGCUUUAAUCCUUGGUCAGUACUGGUUGAGCAGUGUGAGCCCUUCAGUUUAUAUGAUAUGAUAUACUCCCCUCUUCAUGUGCAGCCCAUAUCAAAGGCCACCUGAAUCCCAUGGUCCCACUAUGGCCCAUUAUAGAGCCACCUUGGAUUUUAUUAUAUUACAUUUAUAUAGACCUAAAACCUAUGUAUAUGGGUUGUUAUAAUUAAAAAUACUUGAAAACUUCCAAGAAAAAAUAGCAACCCUUCCCACGCUUUUCAGCUAAAAUGAACAUCAAAUAAGUGUGUCUUUAAAUAGUAGCUGGUUCUCACUCUCAGAGGCAUUUCCUAUAAGGGAAGAAAAAAAAUUGGUUUUGGAGUUCAACUGUAUAUAAUUACUGUCAGCAAUUAAAAGGUUUGAAAUACUUAUGGGUUUAACAUAGGAAGUUUGUUUAUUUGUUUAUAGAAUGUUGGUUGAAAUGGUACAUAGAAUGUGAGAAAGACAAUACAAGGUUAUAAGUUAAAAGAGGGGCUGAAAAACGAGUCAGAAACUGGAAAAGAUGUUAGAAAGUAAAAUGGUUGCUAAGGGAUGUGAACAUGUAUACAUAGAUGGUACUUUUUAUUUAUUGAACAAUAUGUAAAGUAGCUUGAAAUAAAGAGAGGUAGCUUACUAGCUUUUAUCAUAAAGGUAUUUUGGAAUAAACUGGACUGUGCAAAAGGAAGGGUGUUAAACACUGCAUACUCAACAGGCCUGGGCAAACAGGAAUCCAGUGUUAUUGAUUUUGGUCUAAGGUUUCAAAGUUACAAAUGACAGCAAAAUAUGUUUUUGUGAACAAAACACUCAGAGAUCAUUAUAAGAUAUUUUAAAUACUACCUUAUGUGACAUUAGCUUAAAAUAUUAGGUUAAAUCAAUUGUAUUUUUUACUGUAGCUUGAAUUUCCUUUAUCUUCUUUGAUAAUGACUCUUGUGCUUUUGUUUGAGAUCACUAAAAAAAAUUGUACGUGUAUUAUUAGAUAUUUUUCAAGCUUUAUUCAAUGCCAUGUGUAAUUCAGAAUACACCUAGUUGUAUUCAGCCUAUUUGACCUUUGCAAAUAAUAAUUCAAUUUCAUUGGUAAUGCUACACCAAAUUCCCCAAAAAUAGACUGCUUCAGCUUUAAAGUGAAUGGAGAAAUCAUUGGCUACUUCCAUUUUCAUUAUAAAAUAGAAAUGGCUAAACAUUAGUAUAACUCCAGACAAAAAAAAGCUAAAAUGUACAGGUGCCUUCAUCUGUCAGAUCUGUGGACUUGGAAGUUUUUUUAAGUAGGCGAUCAUAUAUACCUUGUUCAAAUUGUUUUCAUAUUCCUAAAAAUUUACAACAAAACAAAACAUCUUUUUGCCAUUGGCCACCCCUUCAUCUUUUACACAUCAUUUAGCAAAAAAACUUAUUUAGAAAAAUCUCACAUAGGAGUGGGUUUCAGGAAAUUUUGGUAAAUAAAAAGUACGUCUGAGGACUUAAUAAUAUUUCUUUUGGUUAUUUUCCCCCAGCCCGUUCUCUCAUGAAGCGAUGCAAAGCUGUGCCUAGAUGCUUAUAUGGCAUGAAACAGUAACAUUAUACGUCUCACUGUAUUGAAGAAUAUGAACUGCUUGGCAGAAGUAGAAGUCAUUGUGGUGGCCAAGAUCUUUACUAUUGAAAAAAUUACCCAAUGGGGUCAAUUUAUCAAAGUGCGAGCGGACAUGAUACGAUGUAGCGUAUCAUGUACGCCGCACAUCGAUAAAUGCCGACAGCAUAAGCUGUCAGCAUUUAUCAUUACACAAGCAGUUCACCAGAACUGCUUAUGCAAUGCUGCCCCCUGCAGAUUCGCGGCCAAUCGGCCACUAGCAGGGGGUGUCAGUCAGCCCGAUCGUAUAAGAUCGUGCAGAUUGAAGACCGCAACUUCAGAGGCAACGGACCAGUUAUGGAGCAGUGGUCUUUAGAUCGCUGCUUCAUAACUACUGAAUCCGGUGAGCCUGAAGGCUCGUGCAGAAACAGGGGCAUCAAGCUCCUUUCGCUUGAUAAUUCGGUCCCUAUGUAUCAUCUGAUAAAGUUGCAGUUUGUUGGAGUUCUUGAGGGACCGGCUUUUUCUAUUAAAAAUCUCCAGGAAAGAUUCUGUUCCAUAAUGGUGUUAUGGGAAUUUUUUUGUAUAAUUCAUGACAAUCUUUUCUGGAAAAUUCCAACAAAAGAAUUUACUAUGGAAAAUAAGUUCUAUGUCCUCUGAAAAGCAACAGGCUUCCAUAGCUAAAAUAUAGCAAGCAUUUACUUGAAAGCAAAACCAAAGGCUUGAAGAUAUGCAUUCACUAAGGUGUCUGUGCGUUGUUUUCUUUAGGAAAUACAUAUAUAUUAUCCAGGUUUCAGCAUCAGUUAAGAUAACACAAUUUAAUAAAACAGUGGAAUUAAUAAUGGAAACAUAGAUGUUGACAGCAGAUAAGAAACAGAACGCCCAUCGAGUCAGCCCAUAUUACCUUCUCAAGUAUAGGUUUAAUUUUUAGAAUUGCAUUAUGCACAUCUUGGAUAUUUUUUAAUGCCCUUACAUUAAACAUGUAGCUCAAGAAUAUAGUUCUAAUGUUGGUAUUUCUUGAACUGACUGCCAUAAUGCAUCAUAAAAAAAUAAAAUUCACAAAAAUAUAAUUGCCUAUUAUAUUUCCAGGUAGCUAUUUCCACUGAAUCACAAAUAUGAUCAGGAUAUUAACUUUUAAUCUCUGAGUAAGGUAGUUAAAAAUCCAUCUAUGUUUUCAUGGUACUAUCUUUUAUAUAUGGUGAUCUUUUUAUAUGUUUAUGUUUUAUUUUCUUCUUUAACAAGAUCAUAAGUGAAAAUGUUAAUGCAGAAAGUAUUUUAAAGAUCAAGUAGAUUGUAAAUGACUAUAUUAAUCUAUCCAUAUUUUUCAGAAACCUAAGACGUAGAAUUUUCUUUACCUCGUUAAUGUUCUGUUUAUGCCCACUAUUUCUCAGAAAUAUAAAAAAAUAUUUAGCCACCUAUUUUUACUUUGUAGUUUGUGUAUUUUAAAUUUUCAGUCUUUCAUCUUUUAAAACUUUUUUUUAAUAUAUUUAUAAAAAUAUUCAGCAUGCUGAACUUUUUUUUAUUAAACAGAAUAUUUACGGUUGCUAUUCAUUUAUUUAACUUUGUUUUUAUCGUGAUCUAUAUCUUUUUCCUCAACUUACUACACAGAGAUGCAGUUGCAUCUGCAAUUAUCAUGGAGUACACUGAAAUGCAAAGUUAUUUUCCUAUAAGUAAAUAUGGUAAUCUGUAGGCUAAAUAAUAGCCUGUGAUUUUUUUUUUUCUGCGUGUUACUGUGCGUAGUACUGAAAUUUCAAGAAAUGCAGGUAUAGCCAUCUAUGAAACAAGACAAUAUGUGGCGAGUUGCCUUGGUUGUUGACUUUAUGGUGCUUUUGUAAGCAUUUCUACUUGUAUAGAUAUAUAUUGUUACAUUUAUAUUUUAUAACCAAUAUUUCAAGCAGAAAUAUUGGAAAGGUUAAACUAUUAAUCACUACAUUCUAAAAUGAGUGUUAGGUAAUUUUGACAUAGAAUCAGUGGGGUUCUAAAUAUAUGGGCAUAUUUUAUUAGAAUGUAUAAUGCUAAUUCUGUUUUGAAAAUUAGCAAGAAUAAGUUUCAAGUUACUAAAUAUCUUGGUAUUAAGAAUAGAUUGUGUUUGCCCAGGCCUUACAUAUAUCUGAAGUAAAUAAAUGAGAAAAAAUAAAUAUUAAAUAGUAAUUAUGUGAAUUAAUAAUUGGCUGCUUAUUGCCAAACUGGAAAUGUUAUAUAGGGAUUUACUGGCAUGUUUUCAUUCCUAGAAGAAAAAAACUUGACUGCACAUUUUUUUUAUUUUAUUAGUAUUGUAAUAUUAUUUAAUAUUUUUUGUAAUGCAAUGGUGAUUUUUUUUAUUUGACUGUGCCUUUUUAUUUAUUGCUCUAAAAUCAAUUAAUAAUAUAUUUGGUGUAAUUUAAUUGGUGCAAUGUUUUUGAAGCUCCUGCCAAAAUUGUGUUCAUUGAUAAUAGGUGGACUCUGGGCUAUGUUGGUAAGCUCUUAAUAACCACCUAUGUGUUUGUAUUUUAUUAUGUUUUUUUAUCAAAUAAAACUCUGUGAUCAAAUUA